AUGAGCACUCCUUCUCUUAAACUUGUUUCUCAAUGUUUUAUCAAACCAUAUCCCCCAAUCGAAAACUCAAAACAAAUAUGCUACUUAGCACCAUGGGAUAUUAUUAUGUUAUCUUCGCACUAUAUCCAAAAGGGUCUUCUCUUCAAAAAACCAACAUCAUCAUCAUCACUAAACCAACAACAUUUCAUUGAGAAUCUAGUGGACAAACUCAAACACUCCCUUUCUCUCACACUUUUCCAUUUCUACCCCCUCUCAGGUCGUCUUGUUACACAGAAAACCGAAGAUCCUCCAUCUUACAAUGUUUUUGUUGAUUGCAAAAACAGUGAUGGAGCUAAAUUUAUCCAUUCAACUUUAGAUAUCACCAUAAAUGAUAUCUUGUCACCUGUUGACGUCCCGCCUAUUGUUCAAUCAUUUUUUGACCACCACAAAGCAGUUAACCAUGAUGGUCACACCAUGUCUUUGUUGUCUAUUCAAGUAACUGAAUUAGUGGAUGGUGUUUUCAUAGGUUGUUCCAUGAACCAUUCUAUUGGUGAUGGAACUGCUUAUUGGAAUUUCUUUAACACAUUUUCUGAGAUAUUUCAAAAUGGUGCUAAUCUUCUUCCAAUUACACAUCAACCUAUCCACAAUAAAUGGUUUCCAGAAGGUUAUGGUCCGAUUAUCAACCUUCCUUAUAAACAUCACGACGAGUUUAUUCUUAGAUAUGAAGCACCCAUUUUGAGAGAGAGAAUCUUCCAUUUUUCAGCAGAGUCUAUAGCAAAACUAAAAGCAAAGGCUAAUAAAGAAUCUAAUACAGACAAAAUAUCUUCAUUUCAAUCUUUAUCAGCAUUAGUUUGGAGAUCUAUAACUCGUGCACGUCAGCUACAACAUGAUCAGAAAACGAUUUGCAAGUUGGCUAUAAACAACCGAACGAGAAUGAAACCAUCGCUUCCAAAGGAAUAUUUUGGAAGUUUAGCUUACGCAGUGAGGACUGAAACAACGGUAAAGGAAUUACUAGAGAACGAUCUAGGAUGGGCAGCAUGGAAGAUUCAUCUGGCCGUUGCAAAUUAUGAUGACAAAGUUGUGCGUCAAUUAGUGAACGAGUGGUUACAAUCUCCAAUUGUGCCUCGAAUGGACAUGUUGUUUGAAGCUAAUAUCGUGUUGAUGGGUAGUUCACCUAGGUUUGUUAUGUAUGAGAAUGAAUUUGGAAUGGGAAAAGCUCUAGCUGUUAGAAGUGGGUAUGCUAACAAGGCUGAUGGAAAAAUAACAUCAUAUCCAGGACAAGGAGGCGGGAGCAUUGAUCUUGAAGUGUGUCUUUCACCUGAUAAAAUGAAGGCACUGGAAACUGAUGAAGAGUUCAUGAGUUCAACUUCAGUAUUUAAUCAUUUGUUCUAUCUUUGAGUAUGCUUACGUUGUUUAAUGGGUUAGCGGCGCAGCUUGUUGCCUAUUUGCCUUCCAUUCAAGUGUAAUUAUCCUACGUGUGUGCGGGUGUGUGUGAAUGAACAAUUAUUCUUCUCUCAAAACUCUCAUUUAUGCUUGCAUAAUCACAUUUGUACCGAAUUCUAUUGAUUUCAUUAUAAUUCCUACUUUAAGACUUAAGUCAAGGUUAGCCUAAAGGGCAAAAGAAGAGUUUGGUUUAUUUA